CAUCGUCUUUGUUCUUUGCGGGGUGGCAGUGUGGCGGUAAUGUUAUGGAGUUUUCUCUCCUGCUCAUCAGUGACAAAUAGGAAACGCCAGGCCUACUGGAAACGAUUGAUUUUACGACUGUAAAUCAUCAGCAUUCAAGUGGUGGUGGUGAAUAAAAUCCUUUAAGUCCUGUAUGAGACCCACAGAGAGCAUCGAAACAUGGUGGUUCUCAAAAUUAGAGACCAGCCUGCCCUGCUAAAAGCUAUUUUUAAUGUUGAUCCAGAUGAAGUACGCUCUCUAAUUUUCAAGAAAGAGGAUGUGAAUGUCCAAGACAAUGAAAAAAGGACACCCCUGCAUGCAGCUGCCUACUUGGGAGAUGCUGAGAUUAUAGAGCUCUUAAUAUUAUCAGGGGCGAGGGUGAAUGCUAAAGACAAUAAAUGGCUGACUCCUCUCCACCGCGCUGUUGCAUCCUGCAGUGAGGAGGCGGUGCAGGUUUUGCUUAAGCACUCUGCUGAUGUGAACGCUCGAGAUAAAAACUGGCAGACGCCUCUGCAUGUGGCCGCCGCUAACAAGGCAGUGCGGUGCGCUGAGGCGUUGGUCCCACUGCUCAGCAACGUCAAUGUAUCUGAUCGGGCCGGACGAACCGCCCUGCACCACGCUGCCUUCAGUGGCCACCUGGAGAUGGUGCGAAUACUGCUCUCCAGGGGAGCCAAUAUAAACGCAUUCGAUAAGAAGGACAGAAGAGCGAUCCAUUGGGCAGCAUACAUGGGUCACAUGGAGGUGGUGAAACUGCUGGUAUCUCAUGGUGCUGAGGUGACGUGUAAGGAUAAGAAGGCAUACACGCCUCUCCACGCUGCCGCAUCCAGCGGCAUGAUCAGUGUGGUGAAGUACCUGCUGGACCUAGGAGUGGAUAUGAAUGAGCCAAACGCGUAUGGGAACACUCCGUUGCACGUUGCAUGCUACAAUGGCCAGGAUGUGGUGGUCAAUGAGCUGAUCGAGUGCGGAGCGAAUGUGAACCAGGUCAACGAGAAGGGUUUUGCUCCACUGCACUUCACCGCUGCCUCACGUCAUGGAGCGCUUUGCCUUGAGCUCCUUGUUGGCAAUGGGGCUGAUGUCAAUAUUAAGAGUAAGGAUGGUAAGACCCCUCUGCACAUGACUGCAAUCCACGGAAGGUUCUCAAGAUCUCAGGCGAUUAUUCAGAAUGGUGCUGAGAUAGACUGUGAAGAUAAGAACGGGAACACUCCUCUGCACAUCGCUGCUCGAUACGGACACGAGCUUCUCAUCAACACACUGAUCACUAAUGGAGCUGAUACAGCCAAGAGGGGCGUCCAUGGCAUGUUUCCACUGCAUUUGGCUGCUCUCAGCGGCUUCUCGGAUUGCUGCCGUAAGCUGUUGUCAUCCGGCUUUGAUAUAGACACCCCUGAUGACUUCGGAAGGACCUGUUUACAUGCUGCUGCUGCUGGCGGGAACCUUGAGUGUCUGAAUCUUCUGCUUAACACGGGGGCAGAUUUCAACAGGAAGGACAGCUUUGGAAGGACACCUUUGCACUAUGCAGCUGCAAACUGCAACUAUCAGUGCCUGUUUGCUUUGGUGGGUUCAGGAGCCAACGUCAAUGAGCUUGACCAGAGGGGCUGCACCCCCCUCCACUACGCCGCUGCUUCUGACGCCGAUGGAAAGUGCCUGGAGUAUUUACUGAGGAAUGAUGCUAACCCAGGGAUCCGAGACAAUCAGGGCUACAAUGCAGUACAUUACGCCUCUGCUUAUGGACAUCGCCUUUGUCUAGAGCUGAUUGCGAGUGAAACUCCUUUAGAUGUGUUAAUGGAAACCUCAGGGACAGACAUCUUAAAUGACUCUGACGUACGUGCUCCCGUCAGCCCGCUCCACCUGGCUGCUUACCAUGGGCAUCACCAGGCUCUAGAAGUACUUGUUCAGUCGCUGCUGGAUCUGGAUGUGAGGACGGCACAAGGACACACACCGCUGGACCUGGCUGCCUUUAAAGGCCAUGUGGAGUGUGUGGAUGUUCUCAUAAACCAGGGGGCUUCCAUCCUGGUGAAAGACUACACACUCAAACGGACCCCCAUUCACGCUGCCGCCACAAAUGGUCAUUCCGAGUGUCUGCGUUUGCUGAUUGGGAAUGCAGACAUGCAGAGUGCAGUGGACAUCCAGGAUGGAAUUGGCCAGACUCCUCUGAUGUUGUCUGUGCUGGGUGGACACACCGACUGUGUUUACUCCCUUAUUAAUAAAGGAGCUAAUGUAGAUGCCAAAGACAAGUGGGGUCGCACUGCUCUGCACAGAGGGGCGGUGACGGGUCAUGAGGAGUGUGUCGAGGCUCUGCUGCAGCACAGUGCCAGUUUCAUGGUACGGGACUGUAGGGGACGUUCACCGGUGCACCUCGCAUCCGCCUGUGGCCACGUUGGGGUUCUGGGGGGAUUUCUGCAUGCUGCCCAGUCAAUAGAGACCAUACCUGUCAUCACUGACCAACAGGGCUACACACCCCUUCACUGGGCCUGUUACAACGGACAUGACACUUGUGUUGAAGUGUUGCUGGAGCAAGAGUUUUUCCAUAAGACAGAGGGGAACACGUUUAGCCCCCUUCACUGUGCUGUGAUAAAUGACAAUGAAGGAGCAGCCGAGAUGUUGAUAGACACUCUUGGUCCUGCCAUCGUCAAUUCGACAGAUUCUAAAAACAGGACUCCUCUUCAUGCUGCCGCGUUCACGGAUCACGUGGAGUGUCUACAGCUCCUGCUGGGUCAUAAUGCACAGGUGAACUGUGUGGAUGCUGGAGGCAAAUCUCCUCUCAUGAUGGCCGCUGAGAACGGCCAGACAAACGCAGUCGAGGUGUUGGUGAGCAGUGCAAAAGCAGACCUUACGCUGCAGGAUGCCAAGAAAAACACUGCGCUCCAUCUGGCCUGCAGUAAGGGCCAUGAAACCAGUGCCUUGUUGAUCUUGGAGAAGAUCACUGACAGAAACCUCAUUAACUCCACCAAUGCAGCUUUACAAACGCCUCUGCAUGUCGCUGCUAGGAAUGGCUUGACUGUGGUCGUCCAAGAACUACUAGCGAAGGGGGCUAGUGUGUUAGCUGUGGAUGAAAACGGUUACACCCCCGCCCUGGCUUGUGCUCCUAACAAAGACGUGGCAGAUUGCCUGGCGCUAAUCCUUGCCACCAUGAUGCCAGUGUCCCCCGGAGGAGUUGCGGUGCCCAGCCUGGCAUUCAGCGCCAUCAAUCAUUACACCAGCCCCUCAAAAAGUGUCACGUUCGACAGUCUGCCCAUGCUCCGCUCCGAACACAGCUCUUAUUGCAGCUUCAACAGCAUCGGGCGCCACGACGGCUUCUACAAGGACGACGAGCUAAAUGACUCUGACUCUGAGACCUACUGAGGCGGAGGAGAGGCGCACAUCUUGUCUUAAUUACCGAGCGGCCGGCCACUCCGCAGAGCCUUAAGAGUCUCUACCCGCAACGCACACAAGAACGUACAUGUAUUUAUGAGGCCCUCCCAGCCACUUAUUCAUCAGCUCAACCUCUGCCAGCACGUCUCGCCCUUUAGCAGAUACCUCCGAGUAC